AUGAGUGAAACUUUACCACCUAAUCCUCGUCGUCAGAUAGUCGGUACGUCUACAAAUGUUCUACAUGCACCAGGUGCGCGGCGCACGCGCCGGGCGCCUCUUGCAUGCCAGCAUUGUCGACGUAGGAAGGUACGCUGUAAUCUGGCGAUAGAAGGCCCACCAUGUGUCAACUGCCGCCUGGACGGCUUCACCUGCCUUCUUCCCCCAAGAAAAUUGCCUCGCUGUCUUAAACCAAGGCUAGAAGCCCAUAGCGAUCACCCACCUGAGAGCAUGCUUGUGGAUAGGGACCAGGAUAUAAACGACGCUAAGGAACAGGGAGAUAAUAAUAACACAAGUGGUCUAAGGCCGGCGCAACGCCAUAUUCCAACCUCCGGUCCAAGGGAUUCAAUAUCCUCGACCUUGGUCCCCUAUGCAUACUACCCCUACCUAAAUGCUCCCAAUCUUCAUCGUCUUCCGGCGUCGGACAUUACCUUCCUGGACUCCCAGAAAUGUUUCAGUGUACCGUCAGGUGAAUUCCUCGAGACGCUUAUUUCGCACUACUUUCUAUAUGUGCACCCUUGCUUGCCUGUUAUUAAUGAGGCUGAGUUCUGGCCUGUAUUUCGCCAGCGAGAACGACACAAACAUUUUUCAUUACUGGUAUUUCAGGCGAUGUUAUUUGUCGCAAGCAGCUAUCUCCCUGUGGAAUAUGUGAAAAGAAGCGGUGUGCAAUCGAUCAUUGCUCUCCGAGAUACCUUCUAUAGGCGCGCUAAGUUGAUUUACGAUUUCGAACUCGAGAAUGAUCAACUUCGGCUUGGUCAAGCUGCAGUUCUGCUCACGUAUCGGUGCUCUAGCACAGAUCGCCUUAGCAAUACGACAUGGCUGGCACUUGGGAUCCAGCAUGCCCGUGCAGUCAAAGCCCAUGUCUAUCACCGUUACCCUACCAAUGAAAGAGCCGCACGCGUUACGCUGAAACGUCUGUGGUGGUGUUUAAUCCUGCGUGAUAGGUUACUCUCUUUAGGGGUGCGACGAGCUCUCCAGAUCCUCCCAUGUCACUUUGACGUAUCAUCACACUCUCCACUCACCUACGAAGACCUGGAAGAUGAAGUCAAAGCCUCUGAAGUCUACGAUGCUGCUACGAAAAAAAGACUCAUCGAAGUCGUAACGAGCCAGUUCCAGUUAGCUGCAACGAUGACCUUACUCCUGAUGACGGUGUAUCCCCCCGGUGACCACCAAAGCUUGGGACAAGGCUUAGAUCUAGUCCCGGCUCGAACGGACGAUCUUAAAGAGCGCCUCCAAUUCUGGGAAUCAAACCAUAUGGUUCAGGUCGAUGCAUCCGACGGCCAGUGGCACCAGGCAGUGGUCUUUUAUUGUCAACUAACCUCUUUAUACUAUCAAUCUGCUCGCCUAGUCCUGUAUCACUAUGUUUCCUUUUGCCUUUUCGCUCAAAAGAACCUGGAGUCCACCGCCCAGGAUCUUGAAGACCCGGAGCUCGACUUAAUGGACGCUUUGACGACAAUGAAUGACAGAGUAAAAAGGUUUGUGAUCGACGGCACAGCAGGUCAAUUACCCAUUGGCGUCGUCGCAUACACCGUUGCCCCGCAGAUUCUGCUCAACAUCAACCUCCGGCUCUGUCGGAACGACAUAGAGAGACAGCGUCAAGAGCAGCCUCUUAGGUUUUACACCGAGAUCUCUCGCCUUUACAAUAUACGCUACGAUGUCGAAUAUAUAUCCGCCUGGAUCCGAAAUAUAGUGCGUACGUUCGAAUUUCGUGUAUCCCACGGGGGCGUGGAACUCUUGAAACAGCGAAACCAGCCUGUCGAUACACCAUCUCAAUCAGCUAUCGCUACCGCCAAUCGAUGUUAUAGGGGUGGACUGUCUGAACUCCUCAGUCGUCAGCCAUCUGUCUAUUUUGAGCUUGUUGCGGUUGUGGACUAUUUUAUGUCAACAGGCCGCGGGGCUUUUGAAGCCCCCAGUUCCAUUCCUAUCCUCCCGUCUAUCCAAUGUCUGCCUCUAUAUCAGGAGCCUAACCUACCGCUAUCCUUGCCUGUCGCCAAGUUGGCAGCCGAGCAACCCCUGGCCGAACAAACUCUACUGUGCCCAGAAAUGGAAAAUUUGCAUGAGGAGGCAUCAGAAGCGUUCGACUCAGUCUCGUUAGACGGAAUGUGGCUAUUCCCAGCCUCAAUUGAGAGUGCCGAAGUGAUGGCCUCCGAUAAUGAGGGGAUACAGAUGGAUGACAUGCCGUUUACUGAUGACGAUCCGGUUUGUGCUAAUAGUAUAUGGCACGACCUAGGCUUAUGUGGGGAGUAG